AUGCAGACUGCUUCUACAAACAUUUGUGAAAGAAUGGGUCGCUCUCAGGAGCUCAGUGGAUUCAAGAGUGGUACCAUGAUAGGUUGCCAGCUGUGCAAUAAGUCCAUCCGUAAAAUUUCCUAUCUGCUAAAUAUUCCACGGUCAAUUGUUAGUGGGAUUAUAACAAAGUGGAAGCAACUGGGAACAACAGCAACUCAGCCACAAAGUGAGCGGGGUCAGCGCAUGCUAAGGUGCGCAGAAGUUGCCAACGCUCUGCAGAGUCAAUAGCUAAAGACCUCCAAACUUCAUGUUGACUUCAGAUUAGCACAACAAACGUGCGUAGAGAGCUUCAUGGAAUUGGUUUCCAUGGC